AUGAGGUCUUACGAGGUUUCAGCUCAAUCCAUGUCCUCUAGCGGCAGUAUGGGUUCGCCGUCGAGCCGGACGGAGCAAACCACAACCGUGGCUACUACAUCUGCUAGCGACGAUUUCCUAGGGCGUCCAUAUCUCUCCCUAACAUCUCCAACGCUGUUAAAGAGCUCACUAUUCUUAAAGGUGUGGGUUCUGCCACCGCUUCAGCAGUUUUGGCUUGCUCCGUUUAUGUCCGACGAGGCAAUGGAGGUGGCUCUUGGGAACUCAAAAGAUUACUCUUUGAAGCGAUAUUUGUUGUUUAUCACUAAGCUACAGGAGAAAGCAAAGGAAUUAAAGUUGAAAGGAGAGUGGGGUGGACCUUCAGAUGUUGAGAGAGCUCUAUGGAGCUGUACUUUGCGUUCUAAGUCAAAAGACAAAAAACCAGCCGAGAAGAGCUCAUCGGGGAAGAAAAGAAAACGCCAAGGAGUAACUACCAAAGAAGAAACCGACGAAGCAGAAUGCGGAGGAGGAAGCUCGUGCGACGCGGCAUUCACACGGUGGUUCGUGGCGGUUGAGGAGACGGGAGGGAAGAGGAGAGAGAUUGAGCUUGUUGUUGGAGGAGGAGAGGAUGAGGAUGAGGAGAGGAGGAGGAGAAGUCGCCAGAGGCAUGUUUUUGAGGUCUUGAUUUGA